UAGCUUUAGCAAAAGGAUAAGGAAACCACACACAUAUCUCCGGCGGCUACAAUCUGCUUACGAAAAUGGCGAUUGCUGCCGUCUCCAGCUGGUUCUCUACAGGCUUCAUCUCCGACGGCGGUCCUUUCAAUUCCCUACCUUCCUCUCAACGCCUCUUCUUCACAUCGCGUCAAUCUGUUCAUAAAUUCGUCCCCAAACUCAUCAAUAAUAGGAAACAAGCUCCAGGAAGAGAUAAAGACUCCUCAUUUACAAGCAAAAUUAACCAAGACCCAGAGAAGAAAAAUCUAUUGCAGAAAAAGGCUCAUGGAAGAUCAAAAGAUGAAAUUGAUGGCAAUACUGAUGGGAAGAAUAUGGGGAAAUCUCAGUCUAUGGCAUUUAAAUCAUUUGGUGUGCAAAAAAAGGAUACCAAGGGUUUAACAUUGGACUCGAAAGAUCUAAAGGUUGAAGCAAGUAACUUGCAAGAUGCAUCAUUUCUUAAUGCUGUAGUCAAGGUAUUUUGUACCCACACUUCACCUGAUUACUCUCUUCCUUGGCAAAAGCAGCGGCAAUAUACUAGUACUGGAAGUGCUUUUAUGAUUGGAAAUGGCAAACUUUUGACAAAUGCACAUUGUGUUGAGCAUAGUACACAGGUGAAAGUGAAGAGAAGAGGUGAUGAUACAAAAUAUGUUGCCAAGGUUUUAGCUAAAGGAGUUGAAUGUGACAUAGCUUUGCUCUCGGUAGAAAGUAAGGAAUUUUGGGAAGGAGCUGAACCGCUUCAAUUUGGAGGCCUGCCGUGUCUUCAGGAUGGCGUGACUGUUGUAGGAUAUCCUCUUGGAGGAGACACCAUAUCAGUUACUAAGGGAGUUGUAUCUCGUAUAGAGGUUACUUCUUAUGCUCAUGGAUCAUCUGAGUUGCUGGGGAUACAAAUAGAUGCAGCUAUAAAUCCUGGUAAUAGUGGUGGACCUGCAUUCAAUGACCAAGGAGAGUGCAUUGGCAUGGCAUUUCAGGUGUACAGGUCCGAGGAAGCUGAGAACAUUGGUUAUGUUAUUCCUCCAACGGUUGUUUCACAUUUCCUGGAGGAUUAUGAGAGAAAUGGGAAAUACACAGGUUUCCCCUGUCUUGGUGUCUUGUUGCAAAAGUUGGAAAACCCUGCAUUGCGAGCUUACUUGAAGGUGCCAUCAAACAAGGGUGUUCUUGUGCGGAGAGUGGAGCCCACUUCUGAUGCUAGCACCGCCUUGAAAGAGGGAGAUGUGAUCGUAAGUUUUGAUGGGGUAAAUAUUGGUUGUGAAGGAACAGUUCCAUUCCGGUCAAGUGAAAGAAUAGCAUUUCGCUUUCUGAUCAGCCAAAAAUAUGCGGGUGAUGUGUCAGAGUUGGGCAUCAUUAGAGCAGGGGAAUUCAUGAAAGUUCAAGCUGUUCUAAAUCCACGCGUGCAUUUGGUUCCAUAUCACAUCGAAGGCGGUCAGCCCUCCUAUUUGAUAGUUGCUGGUUUGGUUUUUACGCCAUUGUCAGAGCCUCUCAUAGAAGAAGAAUGUGAAGAGAGUAGUUUAGGGUUGAAACUUCUGGCGAAGGCACGAUAUUCUUUAUCAAAAUUCGAAGAGGAACAGCUUGUGAUCCUAUCACAAGUCUUAGCAAAUGAUGUUAACAUUGGGUACGAGGAUAUGUCAAAUCAACAGGUUUUGAAGUUCAAUGGUACACAAAUAAAGAACAUCCAUCAUCUUGCUCAUAUGAUUGACACGUGCCAACACGAGUACCUUGUUUUUGAGUUUGAAGACAAUUAUCUCGUGGUUUUGAAACGAGAAACAGCAGUUGCCACCUCAUCUAGCAUUCUCAAAGCCUAUGGGAUUCCGUCUGAGAGAUCUUCAGAUCUUCUAGUGCCUUAUAUAGAUCCUGCCCAAGACGGUAAACCGACACAACACUUGGAUUCCGAGGAGAGUCCAGUGUCCAACUCGGAGUUUGGUUCAGAUGGUCUUCUUUGGGCAUAAUAGUCUUUUUUAUUAACCACUCCGAAUGAUUGCUUGAAGAUCAACUCGCUUAGCCAAUCGAGAGACUCUCCGAAUGCAACGACAAUUAUAAAUUGAUUCUACAAAUGACUCCUUAUUUGUCGUUCAUGCCUUUUCUCCAAUGAAGAUCCGGGCUCUCACUUCCGAGAUGAAUGGCGCGAAAAUGGAGUUUUUGUUUUUAAUUUAUUCUCUAUUUGAAUUAAAUUAAAACACUGAUUUUAAGGUAUGAAUCUCUCAUUUAUUUUUGUUGUUGUAAGUUAAUUUUUUAGAGAUGGAAUAGAAUAAGUUAACACGAUUUGAGCAUUUAUUUAUUUUACAUAUUAUUUUGA